CAAAUGAGGUGUUGACGGAGCUGCCCAAAUCUCAAGGUCGGCACCCGGCAUGUUGCAAAUGUUUACUUGGUUGCUUUGCCACUACCUUGGUUCCGCCUUUCCCGGGCAGUUUUCGACUUUCUCUGUCCUCGUGAUCUCGCCGUUGCUUUUAUGAGGAGGACACAAGGAAAUGAAUUGACUGAGUCUAAUAUCUUUGUUCCAAGUAAAAAGUAUUUGACAGAAAUUCAAAAGGAAAAAAAAAAUGCAACCUUAGACUUGAGAACUAUCACGAGAAUGUAAUUUUCUAAAACAAUACACAGAUGACAUGAACAAAAAUAUUGAAUCAAAUAAAGUGGACCACAAAUAUUUGGGAAAAAUGAAAACCAAUAUUUUUAUAUAAUUUUAUUUCUGCAAAUGCCAAAGUAUUGGACAAUGCGACAAAAAGUAAAUAUGAAGUAAAAAAUAUAAGGAGAAAAUACAAACAAAAAUACCAAGUAAUUUAGAUGAAUAUUUAGAAAAAAAUCCCAUUAGAUAAGUACAAAAUAUUUGGAAAAACAUGAAAAAAAAAAACGUUGAACAAAUAUUGAUUAGAAAAUGCAAAAGAUUUAAGCAGGAACAAAAAAUCUAGAUGGAAAAACAAAAAUAAAAUACUUUACCACUGACCUGUCUCAUCUUCACGUUUCCCUAGAAUUUUGGGGAACCCCAAAUUGUACCAACUCGGCCGGCGUCAGCCACCAAAUCAAUGAAAGGAACUUGAAAAAAAAAAAAAACCACAACUUUGACAUCAGCACUAUUCACCAAAUGUAAUUUAUGACUUUGGAAGGAAGUUAGUUGACGAUCACGAGCUCCUGUUUUUGUUUUGGAACGAUUGUUGUGAGCUUUCUCCACACGGCGUGAUCUCGAUGAGCCGCGACAAGAAUCAAGAGCGCUUGACAAACCGGGGGGGAUGUUUUCAGAUGCUCGGGAGGGAAGCCGAAAAAAAGCACGUGUCCAAAUGAGGAAAAAGGACUACUGCACAAAAAAUGUGAUGGAGGUAUAGAAAAAUAUGUAAAUUAAGAUGAAGAAUUAUGGAAGAUGGAAUAAUCUUUAAAAAAAUACUGGAAAAUAAUACAAUUGUGCAAUACACAAUUAUUUGUUAUAGUAUUACGAGGGGGGGUAAAAAAAAAGAAUAUUUUCGUGCUUUCACCGUGUUUCACGUGGCCACAAUCGGCCUCCACCUUCACUUUGAGCACACGCGGCGAUCAAUUGAUGUCAAGUUUGCCGGCGCCUGUCACAGUUUUGUCCGUCGUCCUUAAACCGAGUAAGCCGAGACGCGCCUGACGCGCCGCUUUCGGGUGGCGGCUUCUGGUUUUGUCCCUCGCGUAUGAACUCUGGUCGAAGGCCUCACACACGCACACCGAGAGGGAGGAGUGACUCCGGGAGGGGCUUGAAGAGGCCGCCAGAACUCGGAGGAGCCGCAGAGUGACACCGUACAGCUGACCAGAAGGAACCUGCCUUAAGUCAUGGAAGCGGAUCAUUUAAGCGGCGGCGGUGGCGACGGUCCCAAAUCCGAGCGGGGCAACAGCCGGCGCUACAGGACUGCGAUGAUCGUGUGUGCGUGUCUCUGUGGGGCUCUGCUGCUUGCGCUCUUAGUGGUGUCCCAAAGAAGCAAACAGCAGGAGUUCUGCCUGACUCCCGAGUGCAUCGAGGCGGCCGGAUCUAUUCUGAGUAAAAUGGACAAGUCGGUCGACCCCUGCGACGACUUCUACACCUUCUCCUGCGGCGGUUGGCUGGAGAACAAUCCCAUUCCCGAGGACUCGUCCUCGUACGGGAUCUACCCGUGGCUCCGCCAGCAGGUGGACGUGCGGCUCAAGGAAUUACUCGAAAUGCCCACCGAGCCCGACGAGCUGGAGGCGGUGACCAAGGCCAAAAUCCUCUACCGCUCCUGCAUGAACGAGAGUUUGCUGGAGGAGGCGGACGCGCAGCCCGUGCUGAGGACGCUCCAGCGGCCCGAGUUCCGCUGGCCCGUGUUGGGCGACGGCCUGGGCGGCGACUUCCGCUGGUCCGAGCAGGACUGGAGCCUCCUGCGGACUCUGGCCCGCGUCAGGAACCAGCACAGCAACAGCGUCCUCAUCAGGAUCUACGUCUCCCCCGACGACAAGAACUCCUCCGAAUACGUCAUCAAGCUGGAUCAGGCCUCCUUGUGUCUGCCGUCGAGGGAAGACUACAUCACGAACACCUCCGAUGCACAGAGGUACCGCGCGGCCUUGCUGAGCUUGAUGGUGGACACGGCCGUCAUGCUGGGCGCCCCCCACAAAGCGGCGCGGGUCCAGAUGGAGAAAGCGCUGGACUUUGAGACCAAACUGGCUCGCAUCCUGAUUCCCUUCGAGAACCGCACCAGCGAGAACAUGUACAACAGAUACACGCUGUCGCGACUGCAGCGCCACUUCCCGCAGUUGGACUGGAUGUUCUUGGUGAAGGCGGUGGUGGAGUCCGACAGCGACCCCUCCCGCGUCGUCUCCCCCUCGGAAGCCGUCAUCGUACGAGCGCCGCAGUACUUCCGGGAGCUGCUCAAGCUCAUCGACGCCACGGACCCGAGGACCGUCGCCAACUACGUACAGUGGAGGGCGGUUUUUUCCAAGCUCACCACCCUCAGCCGACGCUUCCUCUACAGAUAUUUGGAUUAUGCCAGGGUAACCACGGGAACCACGUCUCUGACGCCGCGUUGGGACAAGUGCGUCAACUACGUCGAGAACUCCCUGAUGUACGCCACGGGCCGCCUCUUUGUCGACGCCCACUUCCAGGAGGACAAGAAACACAUGAUGGACGAGCUGAUUGACGGCGUCCGCUGGGCGUUCGUGGACAUGCUGCAGAAGGAGAACGAUUGGAUGGACGAGGCCACCAAGACGAGAGCCGUGGAAAAGGCGCACGCCGUCCUGGCCAAAGUGGGCUACCCCGACUUCAUCCGGAAUGACAGCUACCUCAACGGCAACUUGGAGGAGCUGGACUUCGACGAGACCGACUUCUACGGGAACGUGCUGCAGACGCUGAAGUUCAUCGCUCAGUCCGACGUGGCCUGGCUCCGAAAGACGGUCCCGCGCACGGAGUGGUUCACCAGCCCCACCACGGUCAACGCCUUCUACAGCUCCUCCACCAACCAGAUCAGAUUCCCUGCCGGUGAGCUCCAGAAACCUUUCUUUUGGGGGAAAGAGUAUCCAAGGUCAUUGAGUUACGGCGCCAUCGGCGUGAUCGUCGGACACGAGCUGACGCACGGGUUCGACAAUAACGGAAGGAAGUACGACAAGGACGGCAACCUGGACCAGUGGUGGAGCAACGCCUCGGUGACGGCCUUCACAGACAAAACUCAGUGUAUGGUGGAGCAGUACAACGACUACUCCUGGGAGGAGGCGGGACUGAACGUCCGCGGUAAGAGGACGCUAGCGGAGAACAUCGCAGACAACGGCGGAAUGAGACAAGCCUUCAGGGCGUACCGGCGCUGGGUGGACGAGAGCCGAGGCGGCGCGGAGGAGCCGCUCCUGCCCGGCGUGGGACUGGACAACAACCAGCUCUUCUUCCUGAGCUACUCGCAUGUCCGCUGCAACUCGUACAGAGUCGAGGCCGCCAGAGACCAGAUACAGAGCGGUGCGCACAGUCCACCCAAGUACAGGGUGAUCGGCGCCAUGAGUAACUUCCCCGAGUUCAGCAGGGCCUUCGGCUGCCCCGACCCGUCCGUCAUGAACAGAGGCGCGCGCUCCUGCCGGGUGUGGUGACCUUUCAACACAAUUUUUUUGGUCAGGGGACAGGUUUGUAAAAACUUUAUCGUUAUUGUUAUCGUUUUUAUUAUGACUGGAGUGCAUCCAUCAUCCAUUUUUUUUCAAACCACUUAACCUCAACAUUUUUGUAACCGUGACAAGAUUCUCAAUGAAGCUUUGGAUGUUUUUAUUUUUUUUCAUUAUUUACAGCCCCUACACGAUGAACGAUGUAUUCCAUUUUUUUUUUCAUGAAAUCAUCAUCAUAGUAACUUUUUCAUAGUGAUUUUUCUUGUUUUUUUUUUUUUUUUGUCAAAUGGCAAUAUGAUCGAUUUCUCCAAGCAAAUUUGAGAAGAAAUCCAAUGAACGAGGACAUUUUUAAAUGUGUAUUAUACUACGUCAUUAUUAUAAAUGUAUAAUAUUUGCUACUUUUGAAUGAUUACAAAAGUCUGCGACAUACUACAAAUGUUUUACGGUAUUUCAUACUCACUGUGACAAUAAUCAUUCAGGGUUAACAUGUUCUAACAUCCAUAUUUAUUUAUUUUGAAUUUGAAAUGAUUAAAAAAUAAAUGUGGUUUGAAACGAAA